AUGGAGGGUGAUGUGGUCAGAAUGGAGGGUGAUGUGGAGGGUGAUUCGGUCAGAAUAGAGGGUGAUGUGGAGGGUGAUGUGAUCAGAAUGGAGGGUGAUGUGGUCAGAAUGAAGGGUGAUGUGGUAAGAAUGGCGGGUGAUGUGGUCAGAAUGGAGGGUGAUGUGAUCAGAAUGGAGGAUGAUGUGGUCAGAAUGGAGGGUGAUGUGGAGGGUGAUGUGGUCAUAAUGGAGGGUGAUGUGAUCAGAAUGAAGGGUGAUGUGGUCAGAAUGGAGGGUGAUGUGGUCAGAAUGGAGGGUGAUGUGGUAAGAAUGGCGGGUGAUGUGGUCAUAAUUGAGGGUGAUGUGGAGGAUAAUGUGAUCAGAAUGGAAGGUGAUGUGGUCAGAAUGGAGGGUGAUGUGAUCAGAAUGGAGGAUGAUGUGGUCAGAAUGGAGGGUGAUGUGGAGGGUGAUGUGGUCAUAAUGGAGGGUGAUGUGAUCAGAAUGAAGGGUGAUGUGGUCAGAAUGGAGGGUGAUGUGGUCAGAAUGGAGGGUGACGUGGAGGGUGAUGUGGUCAUAAUGGAGGGUGAUGUGAUCAGAAUGAAGGGUGAUGUGGUCAGAAUGGAGGGUGAUGUGGUCAGAAUGGAGGGUGACGUGGAGGGUGAUGUGGUCAGAAUGGAGGAUGAUGUGGUCAGAAUGGAGGGUGAUGUGGAGGGUGAUGUGGUCAUAAUGGAGGGUGAUGUGAUCAGAAUGAAGGGUGAUGUGGUCAGAAUGGAGGGUGAUGUGGUCAGAAUGGAGGGUGACGUGGAGGGUGAUGUGGUCAGAAUGGAGGAUGAUGUGGUCAGAAUAGAGGGUGAUGUGAUCAGAAUGGAGGGUGAUUCGGUCAGAAUGGAGGGUGAUAUGGUCAGAAUGGAGGGUGAUGUGGUCAGAAUGGAGGGUGAUGUGGUCAUAAUGGAGGGUGAUGUGGUCAGAAUGGAGGGUAAUGUGGUCAGAAUGGAGGGUGAUGUGGAGGGUGAUGUGAUCAGAAUGGAGGAUGAUGUGGUCAGAAUGGAGGGUGAUGUGGUCAGAAUGGAGGGUGAUGUGAUCAGAAUGGAGGAUGAUGUGGUCAGAAUAGAGGGUGAUGUGGUCAGAAUGGAGGGAAAUGUGGUCAGAAUGGAGGGUGAUGUGGUCAGAAUGGAGGGUGAUUCGGUCAGAAUGGAGGGUGAUGUGGAGGGUGAUGUAAUCAGAAUAGAGGGUGAUGUGGAGGGUGAUGUGAUCAGAAUAGAGGGUGAUGUGGAGGGUGAUGUGAUCAGAAUGGAGGGUGAUGUGGUCAGAAUGGAGGGUGAUGUGGUCAGAAUGGAGGGUGAUAUGGUCAGAAUGGAGGGUGAUGUGGUCAUAAUUGAGGGUGAUGUGGUCAUAAUGGAGGGUGAUGUGGAGGGUGAUGUGGUCAGAAUGGAGGGUGAUGUGGUCAGAAUGGAGGGUGAUAUGGUCAGAAUGGAGGGUGAUGUGGUCAUAAUUGAGGGUGAUGUGGUCAUAAUGGAGGGUGAUGUGGAGGGUGAUUCGGUCAGAAUAGAGGAUGAUGUGGAGGGUGAUGUGAUCAGAAUGGAGGGUGAUGUGGUCAGAAUGAAGGGUGAUGUGGUCAGAAUGGAGGGUGAUGUGGUCAGAAUGGAGGGUGUGGUCAUAAUGGAGGGUGAUGCUUGGUGA